AAUUGUGUGUACACACUGGCUAAGGAUUUUUCAUAAAAAUAAACACUUUGUAUAAACUUACCUUCCGAACUAUUUUACUUAAGUUAAAAGUAUGGCUAACAGCUACGACAUACCCAGUUGGGCUGGAAAACCGCCCACUGGCUUACAUCUGGAUGUGCUAAAGGACGACAAACUAGUACAAAAACUGAUGGUGGAUGAAAAAAGAUGCUAUCUAUUUGGUCGCAACAGUCAAAUGAACGACUUCUGCAUAGACCAUGCCUCUUGUUCGCGGGUCCACUCGGCGUUUGUCUACCACAAGCACCUCAACAUAGCCUACCUCGUGGAUCUGGGGUCCACUCAUGGCACCUUUAUUGGAACACUCAGAUUGGAAGCGCACAAGCCCACACAGCUGCAGAUUAAUAGCACCUUCCACUUUGGGGCUUCUACCCGGAACUACAUACUCAGGGAACGACCCUCUGGCCACCACAGCAACAUCAUGGAAGACCUGCCGCUCAGUGAAACCAGCGAUGGAGCUCUCCUGGGCCUACCCGAAAGCCAAACGGAGCUUGAUAAUCUCACAGAAUACAACACAGCCCACAAUCGGCGCAUCUCAAUGCUGGGCAUCGAUGAUGAUACCAAUAUGCGAAAGCAAAACGCCUUGAAACAGGGACGGCGCACUCGAAAUGUCACAUUUAACGAUGAGGAGAUUGUCAUCAAUCCUGAGGAUGUGGAUCCUAAUGUGGGACGCUUCAGGAACUUGGUACAAACCACUGUGGUGCCCGCCAAGAGGGCUCGCUGCGACGUCAAUCAUAUGGGCAUCCAUUCGGGCAACAGCAGUUUGUCCAGUGCCAAUGCCGCACAUGUACACCAAAUGUUCCAGCAGAGCCUAGUUGACAUGAAGCAGCAGCAUAGGGAAAUGCCUCCGCCCAAUGCGGUGCUCCACUCGCCUACUAAUUCCCUAUAUCAAGGUCUACCGGCCGAAAUGCAUGGCAAGGGUGACCUAGAGCCCAUCUCCCCGCUGAGCAUUGGUUCCAAGUUGGGCCUAUUGCUCCCGAAUCCUGCGCCUGAAGUGCUGCCAGUCUAUGACGAAGCUGUGGAGACCUCGACAUUGGCUCAAAAGUUGGCCGUCGCUAAUGCAAACGUUCGUCGCUUUGGUGAGGAUCCGCAUGACUCGAGUGGCGAAGGCGAUUCGCUGUGCCCACAGAAAAAGAAAUACGCCAAGGAAGCAUGGCCAGGUCGCAAGCCCAUGUUGGGGCAGCUGUAAUUGCGUAUUAACAAAAUAAUUAAGAUUCCACCUACGAUUUUCUCAAGCAUAUGAUUGACAACACACUCUGGAGUAAUAUUUGUUUAUUAGACUUUUAACGUAAAAC